UUUGCUAAAGAAAAAAGUGAAAUUGACAAAAUGGACGAAAACGUGGAGAUUACAAUAGAAGAAGUUAUAAAAAUAGAGCGUAACCAGGAUGAUGAGGAGACACCGAUACGUGACGAAACCAAUGAACCAUUUGAGCCAACAGUCAAUGCGCUGCUGACUGGAAGCUGGCUAACCGAUGAUGAGGCAGAUGCUCCAACCCAACCACCGGUUGAUGGCCAACAGCCGCAGAUUGAUGGGGAUCUUAUGAGUUUUCCGGAUGACUACUUUGAUUGCUUGCUGGAGGAGCCACUGGCAGCAAAAAUUAAGAGCGAAGAUGAGCUUGAGGCAGCUAAUGAGUUGCAGCAUGAAGAUAUGAUGACUGACGUUACAAGCACUGCCCAGGCAGCUAGCCAACUAACAGUGCAUCCGGAGCCUCACAAUGUGCAGGAGGAGGAGCUGCCAGCUGAAGUUAAGAUCGAGCAGAAUUUUGAACAAACGCUGGAGAAUGAUAUGUUGGCAGUCAGCAGCUCUCAAACAGUUGGGCAGAUGGCCAACUUGGAUUCUGUGCCAGACAACAACAACAACUGUGACGACUUGCAGGUAACUGUUAAAAUCGAGAAGAGCAUUGUGCAACAGCCGGACGAAGAAUUAGCAGCAAGCAGCUCUCAGACACUUAACCAGGUGGACAACGUAGAGAACGUGGAUCCUGUGCCGGACAACAACUGUAACAACUUGCUAGUAAAAAGCGAGGAACAAUUGCUGCGUUUGGCAGCAGACAUCUCGCUGGAAGUUAGCCAGGUGGAUGACAUAGACAACCUGGAUCUGGAGCCGCCAAUUGCUGAGCCGCCGGAAAAGAAGAGGAAACGCAAUGGAAGCCGGCGUCGCCAGAGGAAGCACGAUGAACAGAAGAGAAUGGAUUUGAUACUCGCGCAGAUGGCUGCGUACCCUGCGCGUCCCUUAAUGCCGAUUAAGGUUGAGCUGCCUGAGCAGUUAGACUAUGUGCCCGUGCGGCCUUGCGAGCGCAGCAUUAAAGUAACCAACCUAAGUCAGCUGCUGCCCGAGCCCAAGCAGCCCCAGCCGCAGACCAGGAGCAUCAAAGAAGUACGUCAGUUGGCAAGGGAGCGCGUGAAUGCCGCGUUGAAUCUAAUACAGCUGUGGAAGUCAAAGGCUCCGGAAACAGAGUUUUUAAUGGUGGACACCAUACGCCAGCUGCCCAAGCCCAGCAGCUAUAUGAGCUCUGCUGUCUUCCAGCAUCCAUCACCGCUCUGUAAUAACUACAAUGUGCGCUACAGAUUCAACUCUACCACUGAUGCCAAGAUUGAUUUAUCCCAGUGGGGACUGGAAGCCUUGCCGCAGACAUCCACGAAUCUGCUGCGCCUUACCGGCAUUAGCGUAAGCACUCUUCGGUCACUUGUCGCGGAUUCAAAGAUGCCCAUGGCGAAGCUGCGUAAGCAGGAGCAAGCUGAGCAUGCUGCCAAGCGCAAUGAGAGCGAUUCCUAUUCCAUGGGACUUUACAAAACGAUGUCCACGCAGACAGAUCCACGCAUAGGCAAUCGUGGCCAAGACGCAGGCGUUCAGGUUAAUCGCUUAACACACUCUGUAUACUGGGAGCAGCCCUCGUUCAAUGAAACUCACUUGAUGCAAUCUGAAUUUAAUGUCAUGAGUGCUCUCAAGGAGCUAACUGCAGCAGCUCCCAACAGCCCAGACGUCGCGCAUCAAAUAUAUUCAGUACUGCGCGAGGCGUUGAUCAUCAAGCGCAGGAACUAUUAAAGUAUGCCCCAAAUAAAU